AAUUGAAUGAGAGAAUCAGAGAUCUGGAAAGAGACACCGAUGAAUUGGAGGAUGUCAGAGCUCAAUACGAAAAGACCAGAGAUAAACUCGAAAUGGCAGAGUAUUCCAUUGAAGAAUUGAAACAACGUUUGGAUGAUGCGGUAGGCGCUGAAGAUCUCGUGGAUCAAUUGACCGAAAAGAACUUGUCCCUGACCGAAAAACUUGAUGAGCUUCGAUCGGCCAAUGACGAUUUAGAGGCCCUGAAAGAGUUGGCGGAUGAAUUGGAAGAGAAUCAUAUGGAAACAGAAAAGCAAUUACAGGCCGAGAUUGAUCAUCGUGAUAUGCUGUUACGUGAACAAAUGGAAAGAAUUCGAUCUUCAGAAGAGACAAACACGGAUUACGAAGCAACUAUUCAACAGUUCCGAGAAUUAGUAUUGACCUUACAAAAUGAUUUAGAGCAAUUCAGACACAAGGAAGUCAGUCAGCAAUCCGAGAGCCGUACACUCAGUAGUCAGUCCCAAGCGAUGAUGUCGCUCAAUAUGCAACUUCAAUCCACAGUCAUGAAGGCCCAAGCGAAAUCCAUCGAUCUGGAACUUCGUAAAUUAGAUGCCGCUCAAGCCAAUGACCGUCUCAGUUACAUUCAACCUUAUUUACCAGACUCAUUCUUCAAAACAGAAAAUGACGCCAUCUCAUGCGUCUUAUUGUACAAGCGACUGGUAUUCAAGUCAGAACUAAUUAUCAAACACUUGGAUCAGAAUUAUCCCAUUAGUGAAAAGAUUAUGGAUACUGUCUCUGAGAGUUUGGUCUCGGUGUGUGAGAUGAGACAGAGAGCGGGUUGGUUAAGUGACUUGGCAAAACGGUUUGUCACCUUUGUGCUUAACUGCAACCCAGUCACAUUUAUCAAGAUGGGUCAAGUCUAUCAUGACUUGGUUGGCACCGAGAGAAGACUAACAGGAAUUGUAGAUUUACUUCGUACGGACGAGAUCAAUGAAACUGAAUGUGUGGUCGAGUUGCAAAGAAUCAUCGCUCAGUUGGAACAUCUCUCUGAAAUCCAUCUUGUUCAAAGUGAGGCUAACCACGUCGAUCAGUUCUUUGGAUUGACAAGAGCUUUAGAUUUAAAUGCAGAUAGAAUGACCGUCGAACUAACCUUUGUAAAGCAAGCUGUAGAUAACGCAGCUUAUAAUGAAAAUAUUCAUAUUACAGAGGGGCGCGAAAGUUUAGAUUAUGACUAUUUUGAACCAUUGGGUCGAUUGAUUGUACAAGCUAAAAAUAUUCAAAACUCAGUAGAUUCUGUUAUGAAACGUAUAAACAAAUAUCCAACUAUGUGGAUGCCAAGGUGGGCAGUAAAGAGGAGAUUAGUCUGAGUAUCAUUCAACAAAUUGUGUAUAAUAAGGCGGAUGAAAUUCUUGAGAUUGCAGAAAGUACCAUGUGGGAAGGAUGUUUAAAGACACUUAAAUCAUUGACCUCAGAACUUGGUACGACCUUUGAACGUAUCUCAAAUGAAAUCAAGACCGAAAAGAUCGCCACUGGGGUCGCUCCAUGGAUUCAACGUGCAUCGGAUAUGAAGGC